CCCACGGUAAGGUAUCUCCUUAUCCCGCUCACGCUGCUCAAUAAGCAACGAAAGCGUACAACGCAACACCGUUCUCUCCAUCGUCAAGGACGUCGGGCAUGUCGAAACGGCCUCUCUCGCCGGGCGUACUGCCUGCAGCCAAAUGUCGACACACUGCCUCCUCCUCGCAAGCCCGUUCGACUGUCGCGCCGACGUUCGACUCUGCGCUCUACGACGAGGUCAUCCUGCAGAUCUUCUCGCACCUCUCCUCGGCCGACCUGUGCGCCAUCCAGCGCACGAACCGCAACUGGGCGCGCCUGGCGCUGGACAACCAGCUGUGGAAGGCGCUGUACCUGGCCGAGUAUGGCCGGGCGCGGCUGAGGGGCGGGCGCGGGUUCAUUGGAAGGGCGGAUGGACGGGAGGUCAGGCCGCUCCCUGGCCGAGCGAAGGAGAAGGCGCAGGCGGAGGACGGGAAGGACUGGAAGUGGAUGUUUCGGAUAAGCACGAAUUGGCGCAAAGGGCGUUGCUCCAUCGAGCAAAUCGAUGAAAGCGUCCAGCGCCCUGUCCCCAUACUUCCGCCGUCGCCUGUGGAUACUCCCGUCCGGAGCACGCAUGUUAUCCUGGCGGGCAACCUCACCAUAGCAGCUUCAUCCCGGCCGUCCCCAGCCCCGUCUGUGCUCGUUCUCUCCGGCAACGAACAGGUUGCUCUCACCGCUGGAUCAUCCCAGUCUAAUAACCCGGCGUAUGUAACCACACUCGCACUCGACCAAUCGCCUCCCGCCAGCGUCUCCCCCCAAACCUCGCGCCUAGCGUGCUUCCUCUCCUCCGGCGAAUUCUCCGUCUUCGCCCUGCACCACCACAAGCCCUCCGCCUCCGCCAAACUCUUCACCUACAUCCCCGCCCGCCCACACGCGCGCACCUCCCCCAUCAUCCAAGCAGCCUACCACCACCCGCUCCUCAUCACCCUCUCCGAGUCCUUCCACCUCUCCCUCUACGACCUCUCCACCCCAGGUAAGGUAACUCUCACGCAGACCCUCACCUCCUUCACCUCCUACCCGCCGUCCUCGCUCGUGCUCUCCGCCCCGGCACCGGGGACAUACAAGCUCGUGCUCGCGUACGCAGUCCACGUGUACCCCGCGCACUGGAGCGUCGGCGCGACAGAGCUCGUCAUCGCUGGCGCGGGGAUGGCGGUCGCGUCCACGCGGACGGCAAGGGCGAUCGACGUGCCCGGCGGGUGGAUCGACGAGGAGAAGGUGCGCGGUAUGCGCGCGCAGUGGGCGCGCAAGGUCGCACGCGUCGCGGACACGCAGACGGACGGCAAGUGGGUCGUGCUCGCGCCGGGCGACGCGGGUUUCAGCGCACCGUCCGCUCCGUCAGGAGAGGCGAACGAGGACGCCAUCCUGUCGGGCACGCAGUACACCUCGUCGGGGCUCUACACCGCCAGCACGCUGCAGCUGUACCGGCUCUCGCUGCCGUCCUCUGGCACGCCCCGGCUGACCUUCGUGCGCAGCCUGCACGGGCAGGUCGGGCCUGUCGCCGCGCUCGCGCUCGCGGACGGGCGCUGCGUCAGCCUCGGCGUGAACGGGAGCAUCUGGGUGUGGGACCUCGAGGCGGGGACAGGCGCAGAGGUCGCGGGGGGCGUGGAUCUCCUUGCCGGGGAGGCGGAGGUGGCAACGCAGGUGAGGGCGGGCACGAGGGGCGCUGUGGUGUUUGAUGAGAGGAGAAUUGUGAGUGCGGGGGUUGGAGGCGUGCAGGUUCGAAGGUUCGAUAUAUAGAUUCCUUAUUGGCUAUGUACUGGUGUGUAUGAUACUCGUUCGUUCUGUAUACAAGAUGUACUUUGAAGAGACUGAAUUUGUCAGAAGUACUGUUUAUCUUAUUGUGUUCAUCAUCCAGGUAGCUUGCGACAAGUGGACCAUUGACUCAAUCCCGAUAUCCCUCCACAACACGCAGAAUGCUUCCUGGCAUAGAAAUGGCCGGUCAAGGGGGGGUUUCGACGCCAGAAAGCACAGUACAU